UAUACGAGUAAUGUUAACUCUAAUCUCAGCCUCCCUAUGAUACCGGCUUCAAAUAUCAAAGUUGUUCGUUCUUUUGAUUUCAACUUCUUUAGAAGCUAUAUUCUAUAUAGUCAGUUUCUAUUUCUGUUUUCUAUAAAAUCGUCAUGCUUUUGGAGUUUUCCUCCAAUUUCCUUAUUUAUUGUUAGUUACUAGUUUUGUUUCAUGUCCAUGGUACAUUAUCUUCAAUUAGCAUACACCACGAACUCAUGUGGAAUAGUGAAAUGUCUUUUGAUGUUUAAAAGUAUAACUUUUUGAUUAUCUACUUACGUUCUUUAGUUUCUCCUUUGAGAUUCCGGCAUUUGGUUCGUUCUGUACACAUGUUCAGAGACCAAGCUUUCUUCUUGUAAAUACAUGAUUCUUAUCCUUGGAUUUGAAAACAGCACAUGAAUAGUGUGAUGUAAUCUACUUGUUAUGUUUAUGACAUAUCAUGUAGUCUUAAUCCAUGUUCUUGUUCUAUCCUUUUGCCUUGCUAAUGUGAGAAUUCUUAUGCCUUGGGUGUUUUAUCCUUUCUGGUACUACAAUCAGGUUCUCUGCUCACUUGAUGUUGAGAAACUGGUCAUACCUGCUAUAUCUGAACUUCUCCAAACCUGGACUUCGGUUUUUGGUUUCAAGCCCCUUGAAGAAUCAAAAAGAAAAACAAUAAGGCGCAUGAGUAUGAUAGUGUUUCCUGGCACAGAUAUGUUAGAAAAACCUCUGUCAAAGCAUCUGUUUGAAAGAAGCAUGAUCCUGGCUGCAGAUUCAAAGUCUACUGAGCUUGUGGGAUGUUGCAUUGGGUCUGAUUCACAUCCUUCCGCUUCCCCUGAGGUCAAUGUCCGACAUGCAAUCGGAGUGGAUGAUAUUAGUGAAACUGCUGCUCUUGAAAAUUGUUUGCAUCAUCCUGAUGGUUCCUGGAAUGAUCAACCUAUCAAAGUUUCUGAGGACUUGUCCUGUGUUGCUCCUGAAAGUGGACAGCAAACUCUUGAUGGUAUGAGUAAAUGCCCAAAUGUUCCAUCUGCUCCUGUAAUGGUGCUUCCUGAAGUUGAAACUGGGGAACAUGACUCCAAAUUGAAUCAACAUGGUAUUUGUGGCGUGGGAAGCAAACCAUCCACCGUUUCUCUGAUGGGGUCUGACUCAGUGAAUUAUGAGAUAAUAGCUACUCAUGCAUUAGAAGACAGUAAAAAUGCUGUUGAUUGUGAGCAGAAUAGGGGAGUUGACUAUCCUAAACCCAAUUGUGGGAUGUACCAUCCUGAUGGGUCCUUGAAUGAUCAACCCGUCAAGGAUUCUGAAGACUCAUACUGCGAUGCUCCUGAAAGUGGACAGCACACUCUUGAGGGCAAGAAUAGAUGUCCAAAUGUUCCAUCUGCUCCUGUCAUGGUGCUUUCUGAUGUCGAAACUGAGGAACAUGACUCCAAGUUGCAUCAGCAUGAUAUUUGUGGUGUGGGAAGCAAACCAUCCACUGUUUGUCCGAUCGGGUCUGCCUCGGUGAAUUGUGAGUUAAUAACUACUCAUGCAUUAGAAGAGGGUAAAAAUGCUGUUGAUUGUGAGUGGAAUACAGGACUUGACUAUUCUAAACACAAUUCUGGUUCUCUUGAUGGGGGCUCUAUACAAAUGUAUCAUCCUGAUGGUUCUUUGAAUGAUCAACUCGUCAAGGAUUCUGAGGACUCAUCCUGUGAUGCUCCUGAAAGUGGACAUCAAACUCUUGAAGGCAUGAAUAGAUGCCUAAAUUUUCCAUCUGCUCCUGUAAUGGCUCUUCCUGAUGUCAAAACUGGGGAAAUUGAUUCCAAGUUGAAUCAACAUGGUAUUUGUGACGUUGGAGGCAAACCAUCCAUUGUUUGUCCAAUUGGGUCUGACUCAGUGAAUUGUGAGAUAAUAGCUAUUUAUGCAUUAGAGGAGGGUAAAUAUGCUGUUGAUUGUGAGCGGAAUAGAGGAGUUAAUUAUCCUAAACCCUAUUGUGGUUCUCUUGAUGGGGGCUCUAUACAACAUUCUACUGAAAUCAUGAUUCAACGCCAUGAUGUGGAGCGUUUACACGAACUUCAAGAUUCUGAUAAGAAUUUUGUUUGUCAGGAUUCAGGGGCCACAGAUCCAACANCUCUUGAUGGGGGCUCUAUACAACAUUCUACUGAAAUCAUGAUUCAACGCCAUGAUGCGGAGCGUUUACACGAACUUCAAGAUUCUGAUAAGAAUUUUGUUUGUCAGGAUUCAGGGGCCACAGAUCCAACACCUUCUGAUGCGAAGUAUGAAAUUCCACAUCAUUGUAACCUCCGUGGCUUAGUGGUUCACACUACUUCCCCAUCCCAUGGACAAGCAGAAGAUGCUGCAGAUGACUCAGAUGCAUGUUCUUUUGACUAUAGAAACCAUAAUUGUACCUGCCAGAUGAAUGUUCUUAGAACUCAUGAAACCCAAGAUGUUGCCUUAGUUGACAGUGAGCGACUUCCUUUUUCCGGAGCCUGCCUUUAUGCUACUACAGGAUCUAAUUCCCCUGAUUCUUGAAUGAGCCAAGUUUGCAAGACUUUAGAAUUAGGAUCAGGUGUUGACAAUGAAAAUAUUACUGGGGUAAGAGCAUCUUCCUUGACUGGUCCUGCUGGGUUUAACAAUAACAGUUUUAUUGAAGUUGCUCGGAAUGGCAGAUUCUGAUUCUCUUGAUGUGGAUUCUCUUCAAAGAGGCCUAAAUUAUGCUCCAAUCCAAGCAACUUCAAUCUGGUUCUCAGGUCUAUCAUACUACUGUUAGAUUAUGUGAUUCUGAACCUUGAGCAACUCCAGCUCCUGUCCUGAUUUGGCUCGUCUCUGUAACUCUAGCAGUUGUAAUUCAUUUGGCGUUGCUAAGGUGAUUGUAUUUUCGGAAACAUGAUGUUGACAUAAUUGUCUAUUUUCUUUUUCAACCAAGCUUUAAUGUGUUUUUCCCAGUACCGAAGUUUUAUAAAUUUGGGUGCUCCAUUAAAGAUCAAAUACAGUUGACUCCCCAGACCAUGGCAUUGGUCAUGCAGCAUGAUAAUGUUUUAUGUGUAAUUAACACAUUCUCCCCUCAGAGUCGUACGCUCUCUCUUUAAAAGUGCAGUCUUGAUAUUUUUUUGCCUGUAUGGACAGUGUUAUUUUUCUGUCCUUUCUUAAAUCAAUGACAUUCUUUUCAGUUUUUGCCUUAGUACUUGUUAAUCACUGCUUCAUCUUACCGCGUUUAAAUAGUCAGUUUAUCAUUUGGUAUUGUGUUGCAGGUAGGUUCAUGUAGAUUGUUGAAGAAUGAUAAGGUGUGGUGACUGAAGCAUGGAAUACUGGAGUUGGAUAGCAUGCUUGAGUUUUUGCUGCUGUUUAGAUGCUAUAAGCCCAUAAUUUGUGGACACUAGCUUUUGGGGAGUGCAAGUCUGUGGAUAAAGAUUCCUUUUUUGGAAGUGAACUGUAGGGCAAUUUCUACAUGAAUAGCAAGAUAUUUGAAAUGUACAAUGGGUUUCCAGCUAUCUGAUUAGUACUCAGUGGAGUCCUUUUGAUGGAAGUAUUAAUAUUUAAAUCUGAAGGCUUACAAACUAACUUCUUGUUGAGUUGGAUAUGAAGAGGGUGUAUAGGUGACCUCAUCUCUUCGAUUAGCCAGUAGAGAUUCUCAGUGUGUUACCAUGUGGGCCGGGGCGAAAGAUAGCUGCAGAUAACUAACUUUAGGGUUUUGUUGUUUCUCUUUUGUUUCACUCAUCGACGAAGGUCAAGGUAUAUUUUUGAGCCUGGUUGUUGCUUGUUAAAAAAAUAUUGUAGCUUAGUAGUAUUCUCAGGCUAGCCUAAUGUCAAUCUCAACUUCUGUGAUCCUGCCCCAUGUUGAUUGUAAAUGGAUGAAUCAUUGCUCAAUAUAUAUAAGAUUUCGUUGUCUUG